AGCUAUGCCACCGGGCCAAAUUAACAGACAUAGCAAGCAUCAUGGCGGACUUUCCUCAAAAAGGCUAAUCUCCUUUUACCUCUUUCAUUUAUCUCUUUCCUUUUUAAGUCGAAUUUUGUAAAGCUAUUUUCCGUGGAAUAAUGGCCGAAUUUCAGGCAGUGAUAAUGGCGGCUGGCACUGGGUCUCGUAUGUUUCCUUUGACUGAGAGAAUCCCUAAAGCCUUGUUACCUGUUGGAAAUUUGCCACUGAUAUGGUACCCAAUUAAUUUGCUCGACAAAGCAGGAUUUGAAGAGAUAAUCAUUGUAGUGUUAGACUCAGCCUUGACAAGAUUUCACCAGCUUCUACCAAUUGUCUGUAAUCCUAGACUGAAGCUUGAUUUUGUCACUAUUCCUGAUGAUGCAGAUAUGGGUACUGCAGACGCACUAAGAUAUAUUAAGGAUAAAAUAGAGAAAGACAUUUUUGUUGUAAGCUGUGAUCUUGUGACAGACAUUGCUCUUCAUCAUCUUGCUGAUAUUCACAGGAGUCAUGACUCAACUGUCAGUGCUUUUCUCGCUCCUGUUCCUCAGACAAGUGCUGAUAGAGAAUUUGCUAACAACCCUAAAGCCAAGAAGAAGACAGAUAACACUGAUCAAUAUGACUACAUAAGUAUUGAUUCCAGAGAAAGUAGGCUGUUAUUCUUUGCAACAGAAGCUGAUCUUGAUGAAAUCUUAGUGAUCCGAAAACCACUUUUAAAAAGAUAUCCUUGCAUUAACAUUGUGAAAAAUUUAAUGGAUGCUCAUUUGUACAUAAUAAAGAAAUGGAUUGUUGACUACUUAGCAGAAAACAAGUCGAUUAGUUCAAUAAAAGGAGAGCUUAUUCCCUUUUUGGUAAACAAACAAUUUCAGAAGAACAAGAAAGCGAACAAAGUAGAUCCAAAAUCUGUUAGCAGAGUUGUUGAGGAAUUCAGUAGCAUCAGACCAGAUAUUUAUGACUUUGCCAAAGAGGAUGAUAUUAUGUCAUACACAAGACAAUUGUCCUCAUGGAGUGGCACACUGACAGACAUUGAUCACUCUAACAGCAUCAGAUGUCAUGCCUAUGUCAUGGAAAAUGGAAUCUGCUUGCGAACAAACACUAUUCCACUUUAUGUGGAGGCAAACAGACAGAUACCGAAGCUUCUUCCAGGCUUUACAUCCAAGGAGAUUACCCUUAUUCACCCAUUGGCUACAAUCAAGCCCAAAUCACAGGUGGGAAAUGAUUGCAUGGUUGAUGAGAGUGUAUCUAUUGGAGAGAAAGUUUCAAUAAAAAAAUCUGUUAUUGGAAAGCAUACAGUGAUUGGAGAAAGAGUCAAGAUAAGCAAUUCUGUGAUCAUGGAUCAUGUCACAAUCAUGGAAGGUUGCAAUGUACAGGGUAGUAUUAUUUGUACAAAUGCACAUAUCAAGAAGAAUGUUAGUCUCAAAGAUUGUCAAGUUGGAGAUUCUCACACCAUUUCAGAGGGAGCUGAUUUGAAGGGGGAAGCAUUGAUUGCUGAACAUAUGAUGGACUUUGAGUAGGGAAAACAACCACAGCAUGUUAUUUUUGAAUUGAAGAAACAGCAUCUUCUCAUAUCUGAAUAUGCAAAGCAAUCUGUAAAAAAAGGAAAACUUCAAUCUUGAUAAACCUAAUUACUACCAUUACCAUUAACUGCCUAUUUUGCAGUUUUUGUUGUCUUCUUAACAGACUUUUGAAAACCCAGUACACAUCACAGUAAAAUUAUGAUCUGAAACCAUCCA